AUGGCGUCGCCAAACCCCCAGGACCCAGGAAUGGGAACCCCCCGAAAGCGAUCAGAGAGCGCAGCCACUCCGCCCAGACUGGGUCCUUUUCCGACAUCAGAGGGCCGCCCAGGAAGCAGGGACCGAACCCAAUCCGUCACACAGAAUGAAGGCCAGCGGCCAUCCAGUUCAGGCUUUGAUGGCGCCGACCUUGUAUUCCCCGUUCGUUCGGUUGUGUCGGUCGAACCCACGGCCAGCCAGUCCGCUUCCGCACAGGCGUGGCGUGCUGCAUCUCCCACUCGCGAAGGCGCCCGGCAAUACUCGAUCAUCGAUUCCCAGGCAUGGCAUCAAUUACACUCUCAGCCACGGCACAACCUGCAACCAGCAGAACCGACUGAUGUUCCUCGUCACGAAGCCCAUCUUGUCAACGACGAAACCGAACUGGCCACCCACUCCAGGGCAUCGAUAGUCGCCCAUCAUCCGGAACGCUAUGCGAAGCCCGUGGACAGCGACGGUCAGUCCGCAUCCAGUUCUUCAGUCAAAUCCGCAUCGCAUCCCCCGACCCCGGCCUCCGUCCAGCCUUACAGCCAUAUGACUUCGCGAUUCAAGCAUGUGGUGACCGAGAGUGGUCACGCCGUGAUCACCGGAAGGGAUGGGGCCAAGUUUCAGUACUGUGAGGAUGAGCCGAUUCGCAUCCCGGGUGCUAUUCAGAGCUUUGGGGUCAUGAUUGCCUUGAGGGAGGAAUCACCGAAUCAGCUGGUGGUGCGUGUCGUCAGUGAGAACUCAGAGCCGUUCCUGGGAUACUCCCCCAAACAGUUAUUUGAGCUGGAGAAUUUUUGUGAUAUUCUCAAAGAUGACCAAGCUGAUGUUCUUCUGGAUCACGUCGAUUUUGUCCGAGACGAUGCGUACAAUCCCAGUGUGGACGGACCGGAGGUUUUCAUCCUGUCCAUCUCAACCUCCUCCGGGGAAACUCGCCGGUUUUGGUGCGCCGCCCAUGUCAGCCAGACCAACAAGGAUAUUAUCAUCUGCGAAUUCGAGUUGGAGGACGACGAGAUUAAUCCUCUGAAUGUCGCAGGGCGCUCCACUCCUGCGCGCACCACCCCUACACUCCCGUCGGAUACAUUGGGGGUCACCCCAAGUCCCGAACAACUUGCUGCCAGUACGAUGAACAUCAGCCAGCCCCUCCGAGUUCUUCGCAAUGCGCGACGGAGAAAAGGCGAGGCCGCUGCGAUGGAGGUGUUCAGCAUUCUGACUCAGAUACAAGAGCAACUAGGCCGUGCACAGGACCUUGACUCAUUACUGAACACCACUACCGGGCUGGUGAAGGAAUUGACCGGGUUCGACCGGGUGUUGAUCUAUCAAUUCGAUAGCAGCUGGAAUGGCAUGGUUGUGUCGGAGCUGGUGAACCCCAAUGCCUCGAUUGACCUGUAUAAGGGCCUCCAUUUCCCGGCCUCUGAUAUUCCCGCCCAAGCUCGAGAACUGUACAAAAUCAACAAGGUUCGUCUGCUCUAUGAUCGAGAUCAGCUCACCUCCCGUCUGGUGUGUCGCACAUUGGAGGACCUGGAAGUGCCCUUGGAUAUGACUCACGCCUACCUGCGCGCCAUGUCGCCAAUCCACAUCAAGUACCUGGCACACAUGAACGUACGGUCCUCAAUGUCGAUCAGUGUCAACGCCUUUAACGACUUGUGGGGGUUGAUCUCUUGUCACUCAUACGGGUCUGCUGGGAUGCGUGUCUCGUUUCCGAUUCGGAAGAUGUGCCGCCUCCUCGGCGACACCGUAUCUCGAAAUAUCGAACGCCUGUCCUAUGCGUCCCGGCUUCAGGCCCGGAAGCUGAUCAACACGGUCCCCACGGAGGCCAACCCUUCCGGCUACAUUAUCGCCUCCUCGGAUGAUCUGCUGCAACUGUUUGGUGCCGAUUAUGGAGCACUGUCGAUCCGAGAUGAAACGAAGAUUCUAGGAGACAACGCUCACUCGCAGGAAGUCCUUGCUCUGUUAGAGUAUCUUCGCAUGCGCCAGAUGAACUCGGUGCUCGCCUCGCAUGACAUCACUAAAGAUUUCCCCGAUUUACAUUACGCUCCGGGUUUCAAAACCAUCUCCGGCCUGCUUUAUGUACCACUGUCUACGAGUGGUAGUGAUUUUAUUGCUUUCUUCCGCAAGGGUCAUUUGACCGAGAUUAAAUGGGCUGGCAACCCAUACGAUAUCGCCAAGCGCAAGGAGACAGCAGGGUAUUUGGAACCCCGCCAGAGUUUUGCCGCAUGGCGCGAGACCGUUCUGAGCCAGUCACGCGAGUGGUCCGAGUCUGAUGUCGAGACUGCGGCGGUGCUGUGCCUGGUGUAUGGCAAGUUCAUCAAGGUGUGGCGGCAAAAGGAGGCCGCCAUGCAGAACUCGCAGUUGACUCGUUUGCUGUUGGCCAACUCCGCGCACGAAUUUCGCACCCCAUUGAAUGCUAUUAUCAACUACCUUGAGAUUGCAUUGGAAGGGGCAUUAGAUGACGAAACCCGCGAGAGCCUGACCAAGUCUCACUCCGCUUCCAAAUCGCUCAUCUAUGUCAUCAACGAUUUGCUGGACCUCACCAACACCGAGCAGGGCCAGGAACUCAUCAAGGCCGAGUCUUUUGACCUGAAGACGACUUUCCACGAAGCUGCGGAUAUGUUGGCUGGUGAAGCCAAACGCAAGAAUAUCUCGUAUACCGUGUUGGCGCAACCUGGCCUACCACCAGCGGUCUUGGGUGAUCAGCGACGUGUGCGGCAGGUUUUCUCGAAUAUCAUAUCCAACUCCCUUCAGUAUACGACCUCUGGUGCUGUCACGGUUGAGAUAUGGCCUUCUAGCACCCAGAGCAUGGCUGACCAUGUGGCGGUCGAGAUGAUGGUUGUUGAUACGGGUGUGGGCAUGUCGAAGGAGACACUGGAAACAUUAUUCCAGGAGCUUGAACAGGUCUCAUCUGAUGAUAGCGAAUUCGCUGAGAAUGAGAAUGAAGACGAGCAGUCGGCUGCUGAGAAGCCGCGGCCGAAACGGGUUCUGGGUCUCGGCCUGGCUCUCGUCGCCCGCAUUGCUCACAGCAUGCAUGGGCAGCUUGGUGUCAAAUCCGAAGAGGGCAAAGGCAGUCGUUUUAAACUCCUUCUUCAUUUCCGACUCCCAGACGGAGGACACGCAUCUCCUCCCGCAGAGGCUGUUUCUCCCGCUCACGUCGCCGUGCCUCAGACACCAGUGUUCUCUGAUAAGGAGUUCACGCUGGGUGGUGGCGUCCACGACAACCGUGAGGAGCGGCGGCGAAGCUCCGGCGAAGCUUCGCGGACUAAACCCCUCAUGCGUCCCGGCAUUGUCAGCAACGAACCGUUGACAACGGGGUCACCUUCCUUGAACCUACAACAACUGCCUACCCCGCAAGACCAUCCGUCAAGUCUCGCUACUGCUACGCGUACGCCGCCGCCCUCACUGCAAGCAAUGGUGACACAACCGCCACCGGGUGUUGAAAAAACAACAGAUUCUGGUAUAUCAAUGAACGCAGUUCGAGUUUCGGAGCGAGACGUCAAGCGGCCUUCUGCGCAGCCGCAGCUGAUUCAACAGCAGUCCUAUUCCUCGUCGAUGCCUGCAACCAGUGCCGCCUCGCUAGAGAUUCCUUCAACCACAACUCAUUCUUCCACCGCACCCACCACAGCUCAAUCAACAGAUUCGCGCCUGCUAAACGUCCUUGUUGCUGAGGAUGAUCCGAUAAAUAGCAAAAUCAUCCACAAACGCCUUACCAAGCUCGGACAUACUGUCCAGCUUACUGGCAACGGCGAGGCAUGUGCCAAGAUCUUUUCUUCGGCGAGCAGAUCGUUCGACGUCGUUCUCAUGGACAUUCAGAUGCCCAUCGUGGAUGGUAUGGCCGCUACGAAGAUGAUUCGCGAGUUCGAAGCCAAGGCUCACGAAACUCCACUCUCCGAAAAAGCGCAGCAGAAUAGCCGGGUGCCUAUCUUUGCCGUGUCAGCGUCGCUUCUAGAGAGGGAAAUGCAGACCUACAUCGAUACCGGAUUCGAUGGCUGGGUCAUGAAGCCGAUCAAUUUCCAACGGCUCAACAAUCUUCUGAGUGGGCUGGUUGACAUGGAGGCUCGCAGGAGCGCAACAUACAGGGCUGGUGAGUGGGAGAAUGGUGGGUGGUUUGAUCAACGUUGA